CAAAUCGUGAAAUUAGGGUCGCCUUCUUCUUCUCGACAUCGUCAAUUUGUCAUCGGAAGAAUCUUCAAGUGCUGAGAAAGUGAAAAAAACAUGAUUCUACGCGAGUUCAUCCAUCAACCACUUCUCCUUCACUCUUUCUCGAAAUGGUGUCAAUCUCUUUUACCAUGCCCGGAUUGUUCCAAUCCAUUCUGAUUCCAGAAUCGAUCGGAUCCAUCCGAUGUGCGGCGUCGACAUCCGUAGGAAGCGGUGGUGAUCGGAAAGUUUCUUCAAGGUUGUCGCAGUUGCAAUAAAUGCUAAUCCAACACAUCACUCUAGACCAUGUUACACUUAACUAGAAGCAGUGGUUCUGGAGGCCAGAACGAUAACGAAUGCCUGACCUUUUUCUUGUGCCUUUUUUACCGUUCUUUGCAUAGUAGUUUUUGGCUACUUUAUAUCUCAAUGCUUCACAUGUACCAAUUCUCUUUCAGUUAAGUCACAGGAUCUGAGAGAAAAUCUUACAGACGAGGCAACAUCGACCAUGCAUGCACUUGAGAAAAACUACAGGCGGUUAUUUAUACAUGUUCCAUCUCCACCAUCGGAAGAACAAAAGAAGAGAAAAUUGUAAAGCUGGCUGCGAAAGCUGACAACAAUAAACGACUUAAAUGCAAGAAAGUUCUUUUAGAGAAGAACUCUGCGAGAAGAAGCUGCGGCAGUUAUGAACUUAAGAUGAUUAAACUUCAAACCAUACAAUAAAGUCCAGGUUGAUUCUAAAGCUUUUAAACCAUACAAUAAAGUCCCAAUAGAAGUGCUCUAAAUUUUUUUUUAAUUUUUGCUUAUUUUUAAAGUGAGACCCAAUAGAAGUGCUCUAAAUUUACCGGUUCAUUUAGCUUCAAUUGAACCGGUCACUGUGCCAAUCUAAUUGAACCGGUCGUCUUUGCUCACUCUUUCUAAGUGUUUGCAGUUUACUCACACUUUUUACACACACUUCACUCGUUUGCACAUUUGUUAAAGUUUACGGAGAGAACAAAAUCAAGGCGAAUCGAAAAUGUUGGCUAAGGUUUAUAGUAGAUCGGAAUUUUCUGCUACUGCUUAUGCGAGAUUGUUCAGUACGAGAUUGGGUAACGGCGCCGCCAAGAAAAGUAGUAAGGUUGAGAAGAGUAAGCCUUCUUUGAGCGGAGGAACGUUUGGAGGAGAGAGUUUGAAAUUGAGGAGUGGGUCUCAUUAUAUCAAAAGCUUAGAUGAUGCCAUUGAUCUGUUCGAUUACAUGGUUCGAUCUCGUCCCCUCUAUUCGGAAAUUGAUUUUAAUAAACUAAUUGGUGUCGUCGUGAAGAUGAAACGUCCCGAUGUUGCGAUUUCUCUCUAUCAGAAGAUGGAAUUGCGCCGGAUUCCAUUUAAUAUAUACAACUUUUCUACUCUGAUGAAAUGUUAUUGCAGCUGUCAUAAGUUGCCCUUUGCUUUGUCUACGUUUGGAAAGAUCACUAAACUUGGUUUCCAGCCUAAUGUUGUUACGUUUAACACGCUGCUCCACGGGUUAUGUCUCCAAGAUAGGCUCUCUGAAGCCUUGGCUUUAUUUGAUCAUAUGGUUGAAACUGGACUAACAACACCCAAUGUCGUGACCUUCAGCACACUCAUGAACGGUCUUUGUAUGGAGGGUCGAGUUCUCGAAGCAACGGCUCUGCUUGAUCGGAUGGUUGAAGAAGGUCAUCAACCUGACGAGGUUACUUACAGAACUAUUGUAAGUGGAAUGUGUAAGAUGGGUGACACUGAAUCUGCCUUGAAUCUGCUUAGGAAUAUGGAGCAAACCCACAUCAAACCCGGUGUUGUAAUCUAUACUGCCAUCAUCGAUCGUCUUUGCAAAGACGGGCACCACAGCCAUGCUCGACAUCUUUUCACUGAAAUGCUUGAGAAAGGCAUUUUUCCCAAUGUUGUUACCUACAACUGUAUGAUCGAUGGUUGUUGUAGAUAUGGUAAAUGGAGUGAUGCCGAGCAACUGCUACGUGAUAUGAUCAAAAGAAGUGUCGACCCAAAUGUUGUAACUUUCAAUGCAUUGAUCAAUGCAUUUGUCAAAGAAGGAAAGGUCUCUGAGGCUGAAGAAUUAUACAGUGAGAUGCUUCGAAUGGAUAUAUUUCCUGAUACAUUCACAUAUAAUUCAUUGAUUAAUGGAUUUUGCAAGCAUAGUCGUCUAGAUGAUGCAAAGCGCAUGUUUAAUUUGAUGGUUAGCAAUGGCUGCUCUCCAAAUAUAAUCACCGUAAAUACUCUCAUAGAUGGAUGCUGUAGGGCUAAGAGGUUAGACGCUGGAAUGAAACUCCUCCAUGAGAUGUCUAAAAGAGGCUUAGUUCCUGAUACAGUUUCUUACAACACUCUUAUUCACGGGUUUUGUCAAGUGGGGGAUCUUAAUGCUGCUCAAGACCUUUUCCAGGAGAUGAUAUCUCAUGGUGUGUCCCCUAAUAUCGUGACUUGUGGCAGUUUGCUGGAUGGUUUCUGCAAUGAUAUGAAAAUAGAUAAGGCAUUGAAAUUGUUUGAGGUUAUGCAGAAGAGUAAGAUGGAUCUUGACACUGCUAUAUAUAACAUCAUCAUCCAUGGAAUGUGCAAAAGUAGUAAGGUAGAUGAAGCAUGGGAUUUGUUCAAUAGUCUCCCCCUCAAUGGUGUGAAACCUGAUGUUCAAACGUAUAAUAUAAUGAUCAGCUCAUUUGUCAAAGAAGGGAACUUUCUAAGGGCUGAAGAAUUAUAUGCUGAGAUGUUCCGAAAAGGUGUAGUCCUUGAUACUUUCAUCUAUACCUCAAUGGUUGAUGGGUUAUGCAAGCAGAACCGCCUAGAUGAAGCUAGACAGAUGUUUGAUUCCAUGGCUAGCAAGGGCUGCUCCCCAGACUUAGUGACUUUUAGUACACUCAUUAAUGGCUACUGUAAGGCUAAAAAGGUUGACGAUGGAUUGGAGCUUUACUGUGAGAUGUAUCGAAGAGGAAUAGUUGCCGAUACAAUAACUUACAACACUUUGAUUCAUGGGUUUUGUCAAGUGGGUGAUCUUAAUGGCGCCCUUGACAUUUUCCAGGAGAUGGUUUCUAGUGGUGUAUGUCCUGAUACCAUUACUUACAGCACUUUGAUUCAUGGGUUUUGUCAAGUGGGUUAUCUUAAUGGCGCCCGUGACAUUUUCCAGGAGAUGGUUUCUAGUGGUGUGUGUCCUGAUACUAUUACUUUCCACGGUAUGCUGACAGGUUUAUUUAGUAAGGAGGAACUAAAAAAAGCAAAGGCAAUGUUGGAGGAUCUGCAAAAGAGUGUGCCUGGAUCAUUAAUUGAAGGAUGAACGAAAGAAUUGGAAGAUUCAAUGCCAUCUUCUGUAAUUCCACAUUUCUACACGUCUACUAGCUUCUGCAAUUGAAAUUUCUGCUUUUACUUAGUUCAGGAAAAGAAAACGAAAUGUCAAAAAGUAAUGUGAUGUUCUGUAAUGAUGAACUCGAUUGUUCAUUCAUAAUCCUGCAUUUAUGUUCAUUCACUGACUCAAUUGGUCAGUUCCA